AUGGCUCUUAAACCUUUGAGCGUCCUUGCUUUCGCUCUGGCCCUCACAUCGACACAUGCCGAUUCUUCUUCAUACCAAGACAAUUCGAUCUGUGCAUGUGAUCAAAUGAUGCGUUCCUAUGGAACCUCAAACGCCGGACUAUGGGGAAAGGAUGAUUGGUGGCAGAGUGGGAUAGCUCUCACCCUGCUGGCUGACAUUUCUUCGUUGGAUUCGAGCUACAACGGCACUCACUUCGAUACCUUCGCAACCACCUAUUCCGAAGCGCCAGGCUAUGGUGGCUAUACAGGUUUCAUCGACGAUUAUUGUGACGACGAGGGUUGGUGGGCAAUGGGUUGGCUCGCUGCCUACGAUCUCACCCAAAACCCCGACUACCUAAACCUGGCUAUCAGUAUUUACAACGAUAUCUCGAACAAUAAAGCAUCGUGUGGUGGGAUUAUCUGGGAAAAAGGAGGCAAUUACCUCGCAUCCAUUGCCAACGAGCUCUAUAUUGCCUCGGCAGCCGGGAUAGCGAAUCGGGUCUCGGCUGACCAGAAAGAAUCGUAUCUCGACUCCGCUACUGCCAUCUGGGACUGGCUUUUCAGCAUCGGUGUCUCAGUCAGACGACCAAGUGGUCCUACAACCAGGGGGGUUAUUCUCUCUGCGGCUGUCGAGUUAUAUCGCGCCACCGGGAACUCCACGUACCUGGAUACCGCGCGCAAGAUCGCUGACGCUGUCACGACUACGGGAUCCACAUUUACAGGCAGUAACGGGGUGCUCACCGACUGUUCUAACGGCUGCGAUGAUACUAGCGCAAUUUUCAAGGCUGCUCUCUUCCGUGGAUUGCGUCAACUGCAAGAUGCCACCCCUCAGGACACUUGGAAGACCUGGCUCACGACCAAUGCUCAGUCCACUUGGAGCAAUGACUUGAGCAUCACAACGGCGAAUGGAGACACUGAAUGCCAGCUGGGCGCCAACUUGAAUGGGCCUGUAGGCAAUGUUACAUUUGUCACGCAGGCUGCCGGGUUGGCGAGUCUCAUCGCAGCUUGGGCUGUUUCGUCCUAG